UGGCGGCGGUUGGCGGCGCUGAGGCGGGAUCCGGACGAGCCGAGUGAAGACCUGGUCCUGUAGACGGGAAGGAGCCUGGACACAGUGGCACAUUCUCAAAGGCCCUGCAGGACCACCAUGGCUUAUGAUGACUCCGUGAAGAAAGAAGAUUGCUUUGAUGGUGAUCACGGCUUUGAAGACAUAGGAUUAGCAGCUGGCCGAAGCCAACGAGAAAAGAAACGUUCUUACAAAGAUUUUUUAAGGGAAGAGGAAGAAAUCGCUGCACAGGUCAGGAAUUCUUCCAAGAAGAAGUUAAAGGAUAGUGAAUAUUACUUCUUGGGGACGGACACGCACAAGAAGAAAAGGAAGCACUCCUCUGAUGAUUACUACUAUGGAGAUAUUUCGUCUUUGGAAUCGUCACAGAAGAAAAAGAAAAAGUCCAGCCCGCAGCCUGCUGAUACAGCUAUGGACCUGUUGAAAGCUAUCACUUCUCCACUGGCAACAGGCUCCAAGCCCUCCAAAAAGACAGGGGAAAAAUCUGCUAGUUCUUCAAGCCAUUCAGAGAGUAAAAAGGAACACCACAGGAAGAAAGGGAGUGGGAGCAGUGGGGAACUCACUCUGGAGGAUGGUAGUUCCCACAAAUCCAAAAAAAUGAAACCGCUCUACGUGAGCACAGAGACACUGAGGCUUCGUGAGCCUGAUGGCUUGAAGAUGAAACUCAUUCUCUCGCCAAAGGAGAAGGGCAGCGGCUCGGUUGAUGAGGAGUCUUUUCAGUACCCCUCUCAACAGGCGGCUGUGAAAAAAUCCUCUAAGAAAUCAGCUCGGGAUGAGCAAGGUGCUUUACUCCUAGGACACGAGUUACAGAGCUUUUUGAAAACAGCCCGGAAGAAGCACAAGUCAUCCUCAGACCCACACUCGUCUCCUGGCCCUGAAGGGUGUGGGUCUGACGCCUCCCAGUUCCCAGAAUCCCACAGUGCUAACCUGGAUCUUUCAGGGCUUGAACCUAUUCUAGUAGAGUCAGACUCAUCCUCUGGUGGGGAGCUAGAGGCCGGGGAGUUAGUGAUAGAUGAUUCUUACCGGGAAGUCAAGAAGAAAAAGAAGUCCAAGAAGAGCAAAAAGAAGAAGGACAAGGAGAAGCAUAAAGAGAAGCGGCACUCCAAGUCCAAGAGAAGUUCAGGACUUGGUGCUGCGGCAGUGGGAGAGGGCGCAGUGACCCCUGGCCCCCCUCCCAGCAUCCCGUACACUGGCGCAGCUGCCCCUCCCCCCCCACUUCCGGGCCUCCACGCAGAUGGGCACAGUGAGAAAAAAAAGAAAAAGGAGGAGAAGGACAAGGAGAGAGAGAGAGGAGAAAAGCCAAAAAAGAAGAACAUGUCAGCCUACCAGGUGUUUUGUAAAGAGUAUCGUGUGACCAUUGUGGCUGACCAUCCAGGUAUAGAUUUUGGGGAACUUAGUAAAAAACUGGCUGAGGUGUGGAAGCAAUUGCCAGAAAAGGACAAACUGAUUUGGAAGCAGAAAGCUCAGUAUCUGCAACACAAACAGAACAAAGCGGAAGCUACCACUGUGAAGAGAAAAGCCUGCAGCUCAGAAGGGUCCGUGAAAGUAAAAGCUUCCUCUGCAGGAGUAGUGUCACCCCAAAAGAAGUCCCAGCCCACCACCAUGCUGUUACCAGCCUCGCCGGCCAAAGCCCCUGAGACGGAGCCCAUUGAUGUUGCUGCUCAUCUCCAGCUGCUGGGAGAGUCCCUCAGCCUCAUUGGACACCGGCUGCAGGAAACUGAGGGCAUGGUGGCCGUGUCUGGCAGUUUGUCCGUGCUUCUGGAUUCCAUCAUCUGUGCGCUUGGCCCCUUGGCGUGUCUGACCACACAACUACCUGAAUUGAAUGGCUGUCCCAAACAGGUCUUGUCAAACACAUUAGACAACAUUGCUUACAUCAUGCCUGGACUGUGACAGCAGAGAAUCCUGGGACAGAAACCUUACCGACCCCAUUGCUGGUUUGUGUGUAUAUGACUGUUCCAGAUCCCCUCACUGGCCUCUGGGUGUAGGUUUUAAAUUUUUAUAUAUAUACAUAUAUAUAUAUAUAAAAUGUACAAUAUUUACAUAGGACUGUAACUACUUUGCUUUUAAUAAUUUUAUGAAAUGGCAGAGGUUUAGCCAAGAGGAAACCUUGGCAUGAAUGUGGGCUUGGGAUUCUUUUUUCUCCUGUGGUGGAUAAAUCUGCCUUAAAAAUCAAUGUAACUUGGGGACUGGAGGCUUGUUCUGGGUGCCAAGUGCAUCUCUUUAUGGACAGCUAAAAUGUAAUUUUUUUCCAAACUCAGUUGUACCUCCAGACCCAUCACUGACCAUUUGCCUUACCUGUCUUACAGUCUGAAACGUAGUAGGAAGGAUUAUGGGAAGAUGCCAGUUGACUGAAAGUACAAAGCCUUUCAACUUGAAGUGACCUAGGUGGGAGGUGAUAAAAUUGUUCCCAUCUUACAGUUAGUGCAAUGGCUUCGGUGAACUUAGUAGGGGGUUCAUUCCAAUUCCUGCUAUACAGGUGUCCGUGUCUCAAAAUUUAUUGUAAUCAUUGGUACUGUUGGUGGCCUUGGUAAGGGCCAAGGAGUUAUGUGAGUCCUGGCGGCAUAAAACACCUCGGAGAGGUAAAGCUGUCAAUGCCGCCAGUUGAACUGCAUAUAUAGUGAGCUGACCCAGAAUAUUUGAUCUGCAGAACUAAGAGCUGGUAUCGUCCAUUGGCAGCAUUAGCUUAGCCACCGAGUCCUCAGAGGUUCUGCUGCUUAGUUGCUUGGUGGUUGUGGAAGAGGAACUUUACCCAGCAUGAUUCUUGGGUUCAUCUUGUUGGCUCCCCUGGUGGGCAGAUACACAGUGUUCUGCAUUCCACACAUAAGUGAAUUGCAAAAAAGUACUCGAUUCUCAUGUAGAUUUAUUUAUGUGCGCGUGUGAAUGUGUGUUUUAAUUAUGUGUAUUUAACUCUUUAAAAUCUCUUAGAUUUUAAUUUAUCCUGUAAAUUUCUGUAUAUAUAAUUUAAUAACAAAAGCCUCCACCAGCAACAGCAUGUGGAAGAUACAGGUUUGUCAUUUCUUCCUUCCUUCCUUCCUCUGGUCUCCUCUGAAAACUCCAAAUCAUCUACAUUUGAAGGUAUCGUGCCUCAAAAAGGAAUCAUUAUGUCAGGAUUCUAAUUCUUUAUAAUUCAAUAAUGUCAAGAAAGUAAAAUAAAAAGGAAACUUACCAUUCCCAGCUGCCCUUAUUUCCAAAGAACCAGACUUUUGCUUCCCAGUUUCAAAGAAGACUUCAGGGUUGUUUUUAAAUUAGGUGUGAGAUUCCCUGCCAAAACCAAGCUCGGAGGUAACCGUGCUUUCUUCCCCGGGUCUAGACCAGCCACUGCAGCAUCAGAGUAGAUCUUUGAGGACAGUGCGGCCAACCUGCAUCCUAUUUAAUUCCUUCCCUUUCCCCACCAGUGUGGUCACCGGGCUGUGUUUCUUAAAGGUAUUCUGGCUGCUGAAUGCCUUUCUCAGCUCAGAGCAGUUCUGAGAUUUAAUUGGAGAAACAGAAAGAAACAGGAACGUUUGGGAACCAAAAUCAAGAAGAGCAGAAAUCUUGGUUUGAUUUCGUGUGUGAGAACCUGUACCACCCCUCUCUGUACCCAUGGAAGUUUCCUGUUUGACACGGGGAUCAAGGGGGGCCUUGAAGGCAUGGAUUAGUACAGAAAGAAGUCAGUCCUACCAUUGUCAUUUGCACACAUUAAUGGAAUCCUGAUGAGGACCUGCUUUUUGUUUGUUUUCCUUUAAAAUCCAACCCUGUUGUAUUUGUAUUUAAAAUUUGUACACAUUUGUAUAAUAAUCUGUAUCUUGUGGUAUUUGGUACUAUUAGAGGAAAAACUUUGGAUUCAGACCUUCUUGCAGUUUUUAUAUCAUUGUUUUAUUUUGUUUUUUAAAUAAAUUCUAGCAGUUUGAUCCAAAUCCCAUUACAGUUGUAUAAAGAAAUAAAAUUUUGUACUUAUAUUAUUAAAAAUCACAUUUUUAUUAUUUGUA